AUAGCCGAAUCACAGUGAUACGAUGCUAGCGCCUUUGUGCCAACAUUCGAAAUUACUCGAGUAAACAGGGCACACAUGAUGUGAAAAUUUGGGACACUGGUAACAACCGAGAUAAAACAUCAUACUUUACCUUUACCGCAAAAAGCUGGAUCCAGAGACCAGAAAUGUCGAACGCAGGCUUGUUAAUUGUAUCAAACCCAGCAAAACUCGGGCACAUGCUGCAAAUCGUGCAAAGUCGUGUUCAGAAAGCGCUCUACAUCCAGCUGGAGUCGAUGGACUCGAGGGGGAUCGCAUGUCUUAGCCGCCUUGUGUCCGGCGUGUACUCGCAAGCGUCCGCCCUGUGCCAUAAUUUGGACGUGAGACUUUUAAUCAGGUCGCCACUGCCCCAGCCGAAGGUGGACGUUGUCUUCUUUGAUGGUCCUGCCUCAAGAAUAUCUGGUUUGAAUUGUGCUGCAGAAAAACUAGACUUGAGUGCUGAAGAUCAUCCAGUCAGUUUGAAAUUUAGCAAGCAGGCUAGUGAGGCUGCCGCACAGGAAACCGACAAGGAGUUUGGUCAUGUUGUCCUUGGCGGGACCUUCGACCGAUUGCACAUUGGACACAAAGAGCUCCUCUCACAGGCCAUCAUUCGUUGCAAACGGAAGCUGACAGUCGGAGUCACGGACUCAAAUAUGCUCUCUUCUAAAAUCUUAAACGAGCUCAUAGAGCCUUGUGAUACACGCAUCGAAAGAGUGAAAGAAUUCUUGAUGGACGUGGACAACACCAUUGAGUACGCAGUUGUGCCAAUUAGUGAUCCUUUUGGACCAACCAAAGAUGAUCCUACCAUGGAUUUAAUUGUCGUCAGUGAAGAAACUUUGAAAGGAGGGUUGAAAGUGAACGAGGUGCGGCAACAGAAGGGCCUCCUGCCCCUCACCUUGCAUUGUGUUCAACUUGUCGAGGACUUGGUUCCCUCUCACUUGCGUGAUACAAACAUUGAGGACUGGAAAGUUAGUUCCAGCUCAGGGCGAAUGAGAUUAUUGGGCACUUUGUUAAAAACUCCAGUGCCUCGGCCAAAUAUCCCUGCAACUCCUUAUAUAAUUGGAUUGACGGGUGGAAUUGCCAGUGGAAAAUCGAAGAUUGGUGAGCGUUUAGCCAAGAAAGGGUGUGGCGUCAUCGACUGCGACCUGAUUGGGCACCAGGUUUACACGCCGGGCUCCAAGGGAUUCCAAAUGGUUGUUGAAGAGUUUGGCAAAGAAAUCGUUGACAGCGAGGGAAAAAUCAACCGACGAGCCUUGGGAAAAAUUGUUUUUGGCAAUCAGGAGAGGUUAGAAAAACUGAACUCCAUAGUGUGGCCUCAGUUGUUGGAGAUUGUCCAGCAGAAAGUGAAGGCCUUCAAAGAGAGUGGAAUAAAAAUCGUCGUUCUGGAAGCAGCAGUCCUCACCAAAGCGGGUUGGCAUUCAAACUGCCAUGAAGUUUGGUCGGUUAUCGUCCCACCGGCAGAGGCUAUCAAGCGACUGCAAGAGAGGGACAACUUAAACGAAGAGGACAGCAGAGCGCGAUUGGCCGCCCAGCCGUUGAACAGCGACCACGUCAAUGUGGCCAAUGUUGUGUUCAGCCCGAGUUGGAGCACCGAGCACACUGACAAGCAGGUGGAGAGGGCGUGGCUGCAGUUGCAGAGCAGGAUGUCUUCAAUCAGCCACUUAUGAGUUGAAAUUUAUACUACGCAGAAGCACUUUGUGAUCAAUUUUAAUGUGGGCUUAAACGGCGAUAACAACCAUACUCAGUUAUUUUUUUCAAUCAGUUUUGUAGAACUGAUAACUAGGGAAGUGUUGAGCAUGUUGAUAUAUAUUUUUAUGGUUCUGUUUUGAAUAAAAGAUUUGAAACUUA